UGCUAUGUCGCCGUAUGCCCCCCCCCCCCCCGUGUCCGUGUCCCGCGUGUCGGCCCGCCCCCGCCCGCCGUUCCCGUCCCGGCCCUUUCUGGGCCGCCUCCAACUUCCCGGCCGGGGCGCGGCGGCGGCGGGCGCUCUCCGCUCCCGAUCCCGGUCUCGAUCCCGAUCCCGGUCCCGGUCCCCUCCGCUCCCGGCGGCGGAUGGCGGCGGGGGCUGCGCGGAGCCGGGCGGCGGCGGCGGGGGCCCCCCCCGGCGCUCGGAGCCGCGGCCCGGCCCGGAGCGGGGAGCGGGCGGGCGGCGCGGCCCGGCCCGGCGGUAGCGGAGAGCGGAGCCGGUGGCAGCUCACCAUGGCCGACCCGAGCCACAUCCAGUCGGCCGCCUCCAAGAGCAUCCGUCCCUUCCGCUCCAGCGAGGAGUACCUGGAGGCCAUGAAGGAGGACCUGGCCGAGUGGUUCAACACCCUCUACGACCUGGACAUCCAGGUGGACACCUUCCUGGAGAGCCUGGAGACGGGGUGUCACCUCUGCCGACACGCCAACAACGUCAACCGCAUCGCCCUGGACUUCCAGCAGCGGCACCCCGAGGUGGCCGCCCGUAUGCGCGUCCCCCAGAACGAGGUCGUCUUCCAAGCCAAGAACGUGGUGCCGGGUUCCUUCAUCGCCCGGGAUAACGUCUCCAACUUCAUCCAGUGGUGCCGGCAGGACCUCAGCAUCCAGGACGUCCUCAUGUUCGAGACCAACGACUUGGUGCUGAAGAAGAACGAGAAGAACUUUGUCCUCUGCUUGUUGGAGGUGGCCAGGAGGGGCUCCAAGUUUGGCAUGCUGGCCCCCAUGUUGAUCCAAAUGGAGGAGGAGAUCGAGGAGGAGAUGAGGGACCAAAUGGCCUACGGCGUGCUGGGCACGCGCCAGGAGAGCCGGGACCCCCAGGCGCCCGCCUACCCCAGCAGGGCCCGGCCCAUCGCCCUCUGCGACCUGAAGAACCUGGACGAGCUGGUGCGGGAGAUCCUGGGCUGCUGCUCCUGCCCCUCGCAGUUCCCCAUGGUCAAGGUCUCCGAGGGUAAAUACAAAGUGGGCGACUCCAGCACACUCAUCUUCGUCCGAGUGCUGAGGAGCCACGUGAUGGUGCGCGUCGGUGGCGGCUGGGACACACUGGAACAUUACCUGGACAAGCACGACCCGUGCCGCUGCUCCUCCCUCUCUCACCGCCUGCCCCAGCCCCGCGCCCCAGGCUUCUCCCCCACGCCCCGCGCCCCCAGCCCCAGCACCCCCGCCGCCCCCCGCGCAGCCGGCACCCACUCGGCCGGUGGGGACGGCAACCACGCCAGAACGGAGCGGGGCAGCCACCAACCGAAAGGCGUCGGGGACACGGGCAUCCCGAAACCACUGUCCGGCACCAAACAGGAGGGCUUGCCCCCACGGGGGGGCGGCCAGGGUCCCCUGCCCACCUCUGCCAGCCCUUCGAGGAGCCCCGCUGAGCCACGGGGAGCCGGCACGCUCAGGCCCCGCGACCCCGCUCCCCGCCCGUGCCCGCCGCUGCUCGGGCGACAGCGAUUCCUCGACCUCCUCUGCGCAGAGCGGACCCCCGGCCCCGCGGGACGGGGGGACCCCCCGCCGUCGAGAAUCCAACCGUGGGGUCCCACCGCAACUUCCCCGCGACGUCGGACCCCCCCCGGCCGGACGAACGGUUCCGGAGGAACGCGGCCGGUCGAGGGUCCCCAACGGGCCCGGCCGUACCCCGCCGCGUGCCCGCAGCCACGGCCGCCCCGGCCCCCAGCCCCUGCUGCUCAUCAGCCGUCGACGGGACGGCCAGCACUCCUGGACGAGGGCAGACCCCCUCCCGGCCCGGCAGCCCCGCUCGUAGCCGGACCCCUUCCCGGCCGGCCGCCCGCAGCCCCGCUCCCACCCCGCGUCGUUCCUCCCUGGAGGAAGGCGUCGGGGGGCGACGGGUGGGGGGGGUCCGGAGAGACCCCCCAUGGCGGCGGAGCCGGGGAGGCCUUGCAACGGGAGCUGGAGGAGCUGGCGAGGCGGCUGCGGGCCCCGCUGCGGCUGGAGCCCGGCCAGGAGCAGCAGCUCUUCCGUCGGCUGGAGGAGGAGUUCCUGGCCAACACCAGGAUGAUGGAGGAGCUGGAAGACGGGGAGAACCCCCCCGCGCCCCCGCUGCCCCCCGGCACCGCCGCCGACUCGGCCUACUGCUCCUCCAGCUCUUCCUCGUCCUCCCUCAACGUCUUCGGCAAGCACGGCCUCCCCGCCGAGGACGGCCGGCGGAGCGGGAACGGGGUCAGCCCCCCGCCGCCGCCGGCCCCCGAAAUGGCGGACGCUGGACGCCGGCCGGCCCUCUCCAGCUCCUCCGAUGAAAGCAGCUGCUUCCCGGCCUCCUGGGACGCCCGGGAGACGGGGGGGGGCCCCGAGUCCGACACCGACUGGGCGCCGGGGGAGGACGACCUGACGGAGACGGAGGAGACCCCCGCCACGGCGGACGGCCCCCCGGGGUUGCCGGGGGUCCCCGAGCCGGUGCCUUCCCUCCCCGCGCCGCCCCCGCGGCCCUGGGCCAAGCCCCGGCUGGACACGCAGCCCCACAAGAAGCCCUCCAGGAUCCCCACCCCGAGGGGCUACGGGGCGGCCCCCCCCCGGCCCCCCACCGGCAGCCCCAAUCCCGGGGAGCGCAAGUCCUGGGGGGCUCUGCAGAGCGUCCUCUCCUCCUUCCUGGAGCCCGCCUGGGUCCCGCGGGAGCGCGAGGGGCUGGAAGAGGACGCCUGGCCGUGAGUCGCCCAGCUUGGUGGCCGUGGGUGGCAGGCAGGAUGGGGAGAAGCCCCCAGCAAACCCCCCCCGGCCACCCCCGGGGACGUGACGGAGCUGCUGCUGCUGGUGAUGGCA